AUGUCUGACGCGGAAGCCAAUGCGGCCAUCUCAGAUAAUGAGGUCGAUGAUCUAGCGACUCCAGCGGCCAACGAGGAAGUUGAGGCACCACGUGAUACAGUAGAGGAGAAUGGUCUAGAUGAGGACGAGGACGACCUGUUUGGCGACGGUGGAGACGACGAAGAGGAGCCAGCACAGCUGUCCAUGAAGUCGAAGCUGACCCUAUAUAGAGCUCGCAAACUCGACGAUGAAGAACUCGACUCUGGCGACGAUGAAGGACGCGCAGAUCGCGCCAGGGCGCAAGAAGCUGCGGAAGAGGAAGGCGAGCAGCAUACAUUCGCGGUUAUGGACGCGGAUAUUGCGCGACACGCCAUACCAGAACCCAGCGACGGUGAGCUCUACUUGCUCAAGGUCCCGCGCUUCCUCUCCUUCGACCCCACGGCAUUCAGCCAUAAGACGUUUCAGCCCCCGACUACAGACCACCACUCAAAGCUCCCUGCGUCCGACCAAUUCUCUGCCUACAAUACCGCCAUGUCCACGAUCCGAUGGCGCCGCUCACCCUCAAACAACGCCGAGCUCCAGUCAAAUGCCCGCAUCCUGAGAUGGGCUGACGGCUCCCUCACUCUCCAGAUCGCGAACGACCCGACCAUGCAGUUCGACAUCGAUGCGAACACGCUUGCGCCGCCCCAGGUCAAGCCCAAGAUCCCCACACCCACCUCGAUCAAGGCAGGCGCAAAGCCGAGUGCCAAGUUGGAGAGCUACACAUAUCUGGUUGCGCCGUACGAGGAAGCGAACGUCAUGCGCGUGACGAACAAGCUCACAACUGCGCUCAGCGUCGUGCCAGCCGCGAACCUCAAGGACACCGCCCUUGAGAAGUUGCAAAACGAUCUUGCCCAGAUUGCCAGCCGUGGUCGCGACGACGCCGAUCAAGCCAUUUCCUUCGUCGAUGUGAAUGAGGACCCGGAAUUACGGCGGCAGAGAGAAGAGGCCACUUUCAAGGAGAAGCAGCGACAAGCCCGUGCUCGUGAGAAGCACGAAGCCCGUCAAGCUGAACGUGCGGUCCGCACCGUUGGUCGCUCUGGAGGUCGCACAUCUGGUCUCAACAUUGACGACCUCGAAGACGCUGCCAGUCGCCCACGCAAACCACGCCAGAAGGGCGGCUUACGGCGUGACUGGAGCGACGAUGAUGACUUCGCAAGAGGUCCCGGUAGAUCGAGGGAAGAUGACUAUGACGAGGAGGACGACUUCAUCGCAGCCAGUGACGAGGAGCCGGAGAUUGUGGAUGACGACGAUGAUCUGGACGAAGGCAUCGCACCUAGUCCCAAGAGGAGGGCUGGUGGAGAUGAUGAUGAGGACGAGGAGGUCGUGGUCAGCAGGACGAAGAGGAGAAGGGUGGUCGACGAUGAUGAGGAUGACGAGUAG